CAGAUCCGCGGCGGCGCGCACUGAGCUGAGCAUCUGAGCACCUUGGAGAUUCCGCUGCUUUUCAUCCGACGCGCAAGAACGCACCGGCACGGCACACACACACACGCGUCCUCCCGGUCCACCUGAAGCGUCCACGCCGGUCGAUUGUCCUGUUUGAAGGCAGAGGAAAGAGGCUCUGUGCACCGGUUCCAUCGCAGCCAGAACACCGUGUUCUCAUGAUGUCAUACCUGUGGAUUCUGCUAUUAGGGAGCCUGCUGGCUGGAAGCGCCAAGGCACAAGAUGACAUAGACAUAGUCCCAACUGAAGUGGUAGAAGCUCCCGAGACCCCGGUCCCUGAAGCAGACGCAGCUACAGAGGUCAAUGGAGUAGCCGCCGCUGAAGAGGACACUGACCAAACAUUCAAGGAAAUACCACCAACAUCGAGUGAGCCUCAAGAUGAUGAGCCUGAGCCUGAGCCUGAGUCUCAGCCUGAGCCUCAGCCUGAGUCUCAGCCUGAGCCUGAGUCUCAGCCUGAGCCUGAAGCCGAAGCAGAGACUCCUGCGCUUGAAGAGGCACCACCUGUGACUCCUGCUGCAGCCGACACAGAGGCGGGAGCGGAGGUCGCUGGAACAACACAAGGGCCUGCAGCUGAUCCUGAGGUCAUAGAUCCAAAGGUGGAGGAACCAACUGAUCUCGGAGAGGAAGAAGCUACAUCAAGCAUUGAUGUAACAACUGCUCUGGAGGAGAGUGCUGAGGCCACAUCAGUAGCAGGUCCAGCUGUAGCAGAUAAUGAGGAAACAGCUAUUGUUCCAACAAAACCAGCUGUUGAUGAACCGAAAGUGGAGGUCCUUGUCCCAACAAUUAAGGUGGAGGCUAUUCCUGAGUUGGAAGACGGGUUUGACUUGGAGGAUGCGCUGACAGAAGAUACAGCAAAGGACAGCCCGGGACAGAGGCGCAGCCUAACACCUGUUGCUGGCGCCAGUGCAGAGGCAGACAAACCUGAAGCCCAAGCGGCCAGCUCCGGCUCUUUAGCAGCCAUCCUGAGUGCAAUUGCUGUGACUGUAGUGGGAGCAGUCGUCGGAUACAUCACCUACCAGAAGAAGAAACUGUGCUUCAAAAAUAGUCAAGAAGCCGAUCCAGAAGCAGCACGCAAAGCUGAAGCAGGAGAGGGUCAGUCAGAUCCCCAGGUCCUUAGCAACCUGCUAAACUCCUCCUAGACCAGCAUGAUCACAUGACUGACUGGACCAACUUCUGGCAAGCCAAGUGGCAAAUCUCACUCUUAAACUCUAUCUUAUUCUGGAGAGCUAAAUUACUGUGAGGCCCCAGAGUAGGGCUCUGUGCGUGUCUCCGUCUGUUUGUGUGUGUGUUUGUGUGCGUGUGUGUGUGUGUGUGUAUGUAUGUGUGAGCGUGUGUUUGUUGGUCUUGUGUGAGCCCAUGCGUCUGUAUGUGUGAGUGUGCACAAGGGUGGGGAGUAAAUAUAUGUGAACAUUGAGGGUUUUAUGAUUGUUACAACAUAGGAAUUUAUUAAAAUGAUUGGACAAACUUUCUACUUGAGUGGACAUUAAAUAAAUGAAAUCUUAAAUUAACCAUGAAAUGGCUAAAUUAAGAAACUACCUUUUUUAUUUAAUUUGUAUGGCUUACAAUCUAGUUAUAGUAAUUCAGUGUGAAUAUAAACCAGUGACAGUUAUCGGUGUUGUAGAUUAACUUUGUACUGAAUUCUAAAAAGAGGAUUUUCUUUUCUAAAUCCUGUCAGUGUUUGAGUGUCACAUAUGAUUUUUAAAGUCCACUGGCAACAGACACUUAAUUAAAACUUUUUUUUUUUUUGUAAUAGUCUGCAAGACAAAUUCAGGAUAGAUGGAUAACAGGGGGCUUCAAUAACUACCAGUGUAUUUCCUGGAUUCUAGUGAGGAGAAAUAUUAUAGGAUAGAGUCUGGGGAUGCAACAUGGUCCAAUGUGUAUUCCUUGGGCCAGUGAUGUCACUGUAUGUGUGUGUGGGCGUGUUUGUGUGUGUGUCUAUUUGUUUGGUUGGUGAAGGGGCUUUUUAGUUUUAAAUCCUGUUGGGUGACUACCACUUCCCCUCAGUCGGUUCAAUAAAUUAGAGUAAAAGAGUAAAAUUUCCAAUUAAUCAAAAGAAAAAAUUCCAAUCAAACAAACUCAGUUCAUUCAUUACAACUUGAUUAAUUAAUGAAUUACAUUUACAUUUAUAUGACAAUGUUUUAUGAACAUUUAAAAAGUGAAGUGGAGUCUCGUCCAACCCUGUUUCUGUCAAUGGAUGAAUCUUCACCUGACAUGGACAAAUUCAACAGAGGUCAUGUGGUAAUGUAUUAGACAUUGUUCUGAUGUAGUUCGUGGCAGUCUAGUUGUGAUGCAGUAAUUUAUCCUCUAUAGUGCCUUUCACUGACACAGCCUGGCUUGACCAAUCUACUGACACACAGGGAAGAGAGCUGACACAAUACAAGUGAAACAGGCAAAAUAGUAGUUGAAUGUAAAAAACUAUACCAGACAAUUAAGGAAUGUACGAUCUUAAUUCAUUCAGAAUCAUUAUGGUGGUUGAAAAGCCUCACCUUGGACUGUUUACGUAUGUGAAACAGCUGCUGUGUAUCUGUUCAUAGUGGGCUGUUUGCUGUUUUACUUGCAGUACUUUUUUUAACCAAUAUUGCAUACAAACUCUCUUAACAGCCUCACAUUUCAGCCAUAAAAGUAUCCUCUCUGAGUGUCUCUUAAUUUGAGCAAGCCAGUUGCUGUCACAGUGUUUUUUUUUAUCAUAAUUCAUAUAUCCACCUUACAGAAACCAUUCACCUGUGAUUUUUAUAUGAAUUUUACAUUUAGCUGUGGUUGUUUAUUUUUUAAAUGCCCCAGAAACAGCGCUAGUGUAAAAAAAAAACGUUGAACAAUUCCUACCUUUUUUUUUGCAGCUGUAGCACAAAAAAUAUAAACUUCUGAAUGUCUUUUUGUUGCCUUGCAGUUUUUUGUACUUGCUCUGUUCCCUUUACAUUUUGAAAUAGGGUUAUGGAGGUUUCAUAGUGCUGCAGUUCAUGUAAAGCGUGUUACUUGUAAAGCACCAUAUAGCUGCAAUACAGGACAGAGACUGUUGCUAACAGCCUAGCCUCAAGUUGAGAGUUAUUAAUAGCCUGUGAUGUCACAUAUCGAUUAAUCCUACUGUGUAAACUGUGGGCUGGACACCGGCUCAAAGCUGUGUAUGAAAUACCUUUUUAUUCUGUGAUCUGUGAUACAUUGGAACUAAGUGGAUAGUGUGUCUGAAAUCUCUUACUGCAUCUGCUACACUGGCAUGGAGUGAUUAUGCACAAAAUACCCUCUAAAUGACAGUAAAAGCUUGCAGAUGUAGCCACGAUGCCUGCAAAACGAAACAUCCUCCUUUUAAUGCAGUUCUUUUGUGCACUCCAAUAAGUGUAAUAGGAAUCAACAAAAGCACCCCGCUGCAUUACGCAUUCAGAAACCAAAAAAGGGGACCAAAGCAACAAUAAAUCCCUUAAAAUGGCAGAAGGAAUGCUUGUGUUUUGAGCAUUAUGGUCCAGUCCACAUUUAAUCCCAAACUGUCACAUUCCUUGUAAACACAAACUACCGGUGCAUAGCAUCCUAACCAGAAUGUAAAACCAAGGAAGUCGCAGACUUAUUGGGUCCUUAAGUGUACUUCCCAAAAAAUGCUAAGACAUCAAUUGUGGCGCUGACCAGUCCUGCCUUAAAGCGCCUUUUGAAUAUUCCAGAGAGGGAAAACAAGAACAAUGUCAUCAUCAGAAAGUAUAUGAUAAACAAGCAGAGAUGUUUUACAGGUGAUUUUAAUAACAAUAUCUAUAGGAGAAGCGCUUUCCUAUCCUGUAUAUGUCUUGAUUUAUUAAACAUAUUAGACAAUUCAUUUUUGAUUUAGACAAGUGACUCUUCUUUUUUAUUUAAAUAUGCUGUGUUUCAAUUUUGUUUAGGAACUGUCUUCUUUGUUUUGUCAUAUGGCACUUGUGUUGAUCUUCUGGAAUUGUGUAAAUAAUGUUUUAGGAUUCGAUUAAACCG